AUGUUCGGACGAAGGUUCUUUUCGACUGCACGGGUCCUGCGGCAUGAUAACCCGUUGGGUCUUCCUCGCUCCGGCACUCCGCCCUCAUUUCCUCGUCGGCGCGGACUCCCAGAGAAGCGCAAGAUUCGCGAUGUGAAGAAGGUCAUUGCGGUGUCGUCUGCAAAAGGGGGGGUAGGGAAGUCGACUAUUGCUGGCCUAUACACACAAAUCCAUGAGGAAUCGAACACUCGUAACACGAUCUUAGUAAACCUCGCUCUAUCCUUCGCUCGUCGAGGAAUCCGAACUGGAAUCCUCGACACCGACAUUUUCGGACCAUCCAUCCCAACACUGCUCAAUCUGUCCGGGGAACCCCGUCUAGACGAAAGUAAACCCCCCUCUUUCCCCUCCCCCUCCCUUAAUAUCAUCCUCCUACCUCUCACUUACUCUACUUUAACUAAAGAUAACUGUCUCCUCCCAUUAACCAACUACGGCCUAAAAUCUAUGUCAAUGGGCUACCUCCUCCCCCAAGCCGCCGCAUCAAUUCCUGACUCACCCCUCCCGAUGGACACGACCCCGAUCUCAUGGCGCGGACUAAUGGUCACGAAAGCCAUGCACCAACUCCUUCAUUCGGUAUCGUGGGGUCCGCUGGACGUCCUGGUGGUGGACCUACCCCCAGGUACCGGUGACGUCCAAUUGACCAUCAACCAGGAGGUGAUCGUCGACGGGGCAGUCAUUGUCACUACGCCGCAGGAUAUCGCCCUCCGGGACGCAGUGCGCGGGUUCGGCAUGUUUCAACGUAUGGAUGUCCCUGUUCUCGGUAUGGUGAGGAAUAUGGCCUUCUUUGCGUGUCCGCAGUGUGGGCAUAAGACGAAGAUCUUCUCGCAUGGUGACCAUCACCACAAACACGAUAGUCAUGGACAGGAGAAUGAUUGGGGCGUGGUAGCGGAGUGUAAGAGGUUAGGUGUGGAGUUCUUGGGUGAUAUCCCGCUGGACGCGAGGGUAUGCGAGGAUGCGGAUCGGGGGAUGCCUACUGUCGUUGCGGAGGAGAGUAAUAAGAGAAGUGUACGACGGGAAGCGUUUCUGGAUGUCGCGCAGAAGGUGGCUAGAAAGGUUGGGUUGCAGUGGUAG